GAAUCAAAUACAAAUGAAUGGUGCGAGAUUAUCGGUUCGUUAGGAAUUCCUUUUUAUUUUUGCUGAACUUGAUUUAUUGAAAAAUGACGAAUCCUCAAGAUCAGCAACGUAAUGUAAAAGUGGUUUUACUUGGACACCAAAAUGUCGGCAAAACGAGCUUAAUGAAUCUCUAUGUUACAAGACAUUCAAGCCAAAUUAUAGUUGUUAAAGUAGUAUUAAUCAGAGAUCAUAUUAUUAAUUUUCAUAUUUGGGAUACCGCAGGACUUGAGAGAUAUGAUUCAAUGACUACAACAUAUUAUCGAAAUGCAGCGGCUGCAAUCGUUUGCUUCGAUCUCACAGAACCAGAGACAUUAGAAAAAGCUAAAGAGUGGGUAAAUCGCGUAAGGAAUUCGGAAGAAAAUUGUAUGAUAUAUCUUUGUGGGACAAAGAGAGACAUUCUACAAAAUGACAACAGAAUUUUGAUGAUAGCUGGGACUUACGCGGAAGAAGCCAACACAAAA